CCCUGCCCAACACGCCAAGUGCUGAGGACGCGGAGGCCUGUCCCGUUCCCUGGAGCCGACCCGCUCGUUCCCGCCGCGGAGCAGAAGCGGGACAGGACCCCUCGUGUGGACACCUACACCUACACCAUGGUGCCCGGCCUGUUUUCCCCGUUUCCCAGGGAGACGAGACACGGGUCGGUGUUCAAACCCCAGCUGCACCGCCAAUCAGCCUGAGCCCGCGACCUCCGUGAGCUCCGGCCCGACGGGCGGGUCAGACGCAGACUGGACUCGAACCCAGGACCAGGCGGGUGUCCGGCGGGCGCUGGGGCCGGCCCCGCCCAGGGCUGCGGGAGGGGGAGAAGUCGGGAUUCUUCCCGUCGAGGGUGAGGAAGGAGGGGACGUCGAAGGGGAGCCCCCCCGACCCUGAGGGCUCAGGAGGGCCUCACGAAGUGGGGGUUCUCUGCUGACACUGUGACACAUCAACAAUAACAACAGCCACAGCCACCUCCGGGGGGCAUCCGCUUCGCGGCUGGGGCCCAGCACGCCUGCCCCUUCUCCGGGCCGCGUCCGUUGCCGUCCCGUUCUGCAGAGGCGGACCAUGAGGCUGAGGAGACAGCAUUCCACCCACAGUCCUGGAGAAGCCCGGUGCGCCGGCGCCACCGUCACCACCGCGGCCCCUCCGGCAGUGUCGUCGUCACUGGCAGGGCCACAGGGACAGCAGCACUGUCAGGCCGCAGGUGUGGCCAGGUGCUGUCAUGGGGCGGUGAGCCGGAGGCCGCUCCCUGGCCUGUCAGCUGUCCACCUCCUAAGAGAGCCCCUCAGGGGCACGGCUGCACCUGAGUCCCCGGAGGGAGCCACGGGCAGACGGCAGCCACAAAAAGGGGUCCCCGACCCUGGGCGGCUGCAGCCUGUCUGUGGAAUCCGAGGUCUUCCCCAAGGGGAACAAGGCCGUGUCGAGGGGCCCCAGGCUAAGGAGGCAGUGACGCACCGCGAGGGCCUGGGCCGCUCCCCGGGCAGCUGGACACUCCUCAGGACGGGGCAGAACUCGCAAACCCAGUCAGAUAGCCGUGCCCGAGCUCCCAGGGUCGCCGACCUGCUCAGUGCCCAGAAGAACACCCAAGGGGCAGGCCUGUUCACGGGGGUCCUGUCCCAGGGUGCUUUGCAAAGUCCGAGUCCUGUGCUCCCUUCCGACAGGAGUGCUCCCCCAGCGCCGGGGUCGACGGGUGGACCGGCCCUUGUCGGGGCCUGGGGUGGCCGGAGCCUGAGGCCCCAGGUGCUCUCAGGUCUGCGCUCUGCGGCUUCGAAGAGGUUUUUUCCAUUUUUGGACUUUCAUUUCCUCAUCUGUCAGCGAGGGUUCGCAGCGACCACCUUUACCAAGGGUUCGCGAGAAGCAGCGGAGGUGAGAUGUGGUGAAGCCGUUAGCGUGCGGUAGGUCCAGAGUGCAGGCACCAGACUGGGCGCCCGCACUGGAGUGACCUGCUACCGGGCUUCUAACCAGAAAACCGCAGGACUGGGGGCCCCGCCACCGUAGCCAGGAAACCCCACCGCCACCACCGAGCUCCGACACAGGCCCAGCAGGGCAAACACGGCAAAGAGAGCCCCCACCCCAGCUCGCGCACGCAAAAUCGGGGCGAGGCUCUGAGGGCCCCCAGAGCAUCCCGAGGCCUCCGAUGCGUGAAUCAGGUGCAUCUCCCAGGGAAGAGCCGACGUCUAGCUUCCCUCUGCUUCCAGAACCCUGGGCUCCGGACACCCACCUCCUCCGAGGGCUGAAGCCCAGACUGUCAGCCUUGGGUGCUAACAAACUGUUAAUGAGCAGCUGGUUCUCUUGCGGUUUCUUACCGCACCCCCUCCUGGCAGGCUCCAUCGAAUGAUUGAUAGUCUCCAUGGCAACCGCUAACGCUCAGCUCACCUGGAUCCCCUGCCCCCACCGCCCAGGGCCCAGCUGGGAGGGGAGCCGGACUGCUGCCCAGUCACUCGGCCCGUUCCGUCCCUGAACAAAGGUUGUUUUGAAACGGCUCCUUCGGUGGUGGCGAGGUGAAGACUUUGUUCCUGAAACCAGGUGCUGAGAUGACAAAUACUUCCCUUUAACGGUUGGCCUCAACACCCAGGGAACCGUCGGCCGGGCGAGCGUCAGCGUGGUCAGGCGCGCCGAGGCCGGGAAGUACCCUGGCCGGCCACGGCCCCGUGCGCACCCUCUGGACAAGCGUGAGCCAGCGCGCUCCGCCGGGGCUCCACAGGGAGCCCCUGUUCCGCACGGGGCUGCCACGGCACCCCGAGAAGGCCGCCACGGGGUGUCUGGGCCUCCAGAACGCUUGCCCAAAACCAGAGUCGCACAGCCACACGUACCGCUGUCCCCUGCCGGCUGCGGCGGGGGGAGGGGUCCUGCUGAAGUCCCCGUUCCCUGGCCCACAGGUGGCCUCAGGCACCCGCAAGCAGGAGGACCAGGGCGGGGAAAUCACGGGCUCCCUCUGGCCGUGAGAGUUCGGAGGGGUGGAUCAGGUUUUCCCAGCCUGCGGUCCCCUGCCAGACGCAGGACAAUGACUGGAAUUGACUUGAAAGAGAAGGGACACAAUGCCCUUUCAUUCAACUUCAAGGGCACGUUCUUCUGGAUUGCAGCCACGCCUGCCAGCCCUCACCUAGGAUUCCCCCCCGCCCUGGGGGCACAGGGGACCUGGUGAGCCUCUCCCAGGAGCCCAGGAAAGGGCUUUCGAAACAGGACUAACCUUCAGCAAGGUGAGACGCCUGGCGCCACCAUUCAUCUUGGCGAGAAAAGGGACCCGCCGGAAGCCGGGCUAGAAACACACUGCAGAGAACGCCACCGGCCGACCGAGUUAAUAACGUGGAACCCCGAGGAACAGAGCUGCUCUUCAUUCAUUCAGCCAGCGGAUGGAAGUCUGCUCCCUACAGACGCCGUGGGAGUUGCUGGGACGGGAAAACGAAUGACUCUGCGUCCGUGCCCUGGUGGGGCUCGGGGGGCCAAGACAGAUGCCAGCCACGUGGGCAAUGACCUUCCCUGGGGCCAGCGCCAGGGCAGGGGCAGGGGCUGCUGGCGGGAGAGCCAACCCCUCCCCUCGGGGAUUCGAGGGCGGGGGAGUUUGGCCCGAUGGAGAAGUGGGGGACGGGAUGAGAACAGCUGACACUGAGAGCCCCAAAAGGGGAGUUCCGGCCACCUCUCGAGACCCAACUCCGACCUCCUCAGCACCCAGCUGGAGUGCCGGCCCCUGACACGGGACGACUGUGCACAGGGUCAGUGCUCGGGGGACACCACCCUGAGAGUCUCUAGGGGAGACCCUGAAAGCAUCACAUUUAAGAGCUAGUCCACAUUAGCCAGACUUCGGGUCUUACUCAGCAAGACUCCACCUGGCGCCGUUGCUGCUGCUGAUUAAAGCCCACUGCUAUUUUAAAAAGUGUACCUAUCCCCUUAAAGAUCUCUAAGUACAUUUCUGUCUUCUAAUCAAUUAGGGAGUGUUUGCUGAAGGCCUCCCAUGUGCCAUAUCCUGUGUGACAUCUAUAAAUAAGUCUUAAA